AUUAAACGAACGCCAAACUUAGUUUGAGACUCACUUUGUGCAAAACGCCUCCAAAGGAACCUUUACGAAGGCGGAACUCGUGCGUGUUCCGCUCGCGUGCGCACCGUGAACGCGUAAACUGCGCUCGAGCUUUCUUUCUUCUUCUUCUUCUUCUUCUUCUUCUUCUUAUUAUUAUUAUUAUUAUUAUUAUUCUUAUUAUUAUUUUAUCCAUGUGCACUUCUGCCCCAAUAUACUCACUCACUGGACACCUUACCUCCUGCAUCUCUUGGCUUCAACAAAUCCUCAUUUCCAGCUGUGCCUCAUAAGCAGAACCGCGCGCGCGUGCGCGUGCGCGCACGUGUGUGAUACAGUGGCUGGAACGAUGCGAGCGUUAAGGUUUUCUGCUAUUCACAAUCACCUGUAUAAAUUAGCUGCAGGUGGAUUUCAUUUAUUUUGAACGAUUCUCUGCUGGAUGAUGCUCCCAACACAAGCGCACCUUCUUCUUGUCUUCACUCUCACCGGUCGCCUGUGGUGUGUGAUGGCCAGUCCUCUUGUGAUGGACCCAAACAGCAUUUGCAGGAGGAGUAAGCCGGCAGGAGGUGCACAAACUGAACUGUGCCAAACACAGCCUGAAAUAAUCCAAGAAGUUGCCAAAGGGGCACGGUUGGGAAUACGCGAAUGCCAACACCAGUUCCGCCAUCAGCGAUGGAACUGUACAGGUCAUGGCAAGAGUCUAGGCAAGAUCCUGCAACAAGAUAUUCGGGAGACGGCUUUCGUAAAUGGCAUCAUGGCUGCCGGAGUGCUGCAUGCGGUAACACGGGCCUGCAGCCAGGGUGAGCUGCUACAGUGUGGCUGUGUGGCUAUUAAGAGCUCUUCUGGUAGCCCCAAUGAGCAGGCUAAGGGGAGUCCAAACCCUGCUCUCCAGAACCAACACUGGGAGUGGGGGGGUUGCGGGGAUGAUGUGGACUUUGGAUACAAGAUUUCCCAGCAGUUCAUGGACACCAGGAAGCGGAAGGGCAAGAGUGAUAUCAGGAGUCUGAUUGAUCUGCACAACAACGAGGCAGGCCGACUGGCUGUAAAGACCAAUAUGCGCACCGAAUGUAAAUGUCACGGCCUCUCUGGCUCCUGUACGCUCAGCAGCUGCUGGAGGAAGUUGCCUCUGUUCCGCCAGGUUGGAAAUCAUCUCAUGCAGAGCUUCCAAAUGGCAGUUCGUGUGAUGGGUGGCAAUGACGGCAAAUCCCUAGUCCCCCUGGACCGGGAUGUCCCACCCCUGGGUGCCCACAGUCUCAUCUAUUCAGAUGAAUCCCCGGAUUUCUGCGUGGCCAAUCGCAGGACAGGAUCUGAAGGGACACGCGAUCGGGUGUGUAAUGGUACAGAGACAGGUCCCGGAGCCUGUGAUUGGCUGUGCUGCAAUAAAGGAUAUACCGAACACACUCUUGAGUAUGAGGAGAACUGCCAGUGCCAGUUUCAGUGGUGUUGUGUGGUACAAUGUGAACGGUGUUCCAUUAAAAAAGAGGUCAACGUCUGCCUUUAGACUCUACAGAGUGCAUUGAACUGUAGAUUCUCUGUCGCACAGACUAAACUCAGGCGGAAAUAUGACUUCUCCAAUGUGUUCUCAUCAACCCAAUAUUUCUGAAAUUCCCCAAAUGCUGACUCAUAUCAGAAGGACAAACAGAUAUACUCACAAGAGACAUGGCCAUCAGAGACAGUUGUACAUUCUUCGAGCCCAAACUUUUUUUCCUGCCCGCAUGCAAUAAUUUUUGGGACACAUGCGUAUUAGGUUUCCUAAGGAAAUCCUAGAUCUGCCUAAUUUAUGCAGGGCAAAAAAAUAAACCUAUUGUAUGCAUUUUUAUUUAA